CCGAACAAAGUAAAGGUUCACUUACUCAGCGGUCACUGAAUCAUCAAAACGUGAGCAGUGAAACCUGAGAUAAAUAAGACUGGAUCGAUCCUCUGAAAUAAUUGUUCAUUGUUCAGGUCCAGUGGUUUAUCUUUCAAGACAGGAAGUGCGUUUUGACAUGCCUGUUAGUGAAGUGUCCAGUCGACGAAGCUCUGUGGCGGCGGAUGUUCAGAACAAACCGGCAACACUGAACAUACAAGAGCCCGUCGCCAGACAGAUUCGUACGCUGUCAGCCACCUCCAAGGCCAACGCAGCAACCAGACGAAAAUCCAUGAGUCUGUAUUCCAGAUCACAUCAAGCCGGCCAAACCGAGCUUCCGCAUCAACUGGCAGCGAAGAUUGCCAAUACAUACAAGUUACGUCCUGAUGCGGACAAACGAUUUCGCUGUAACGACGUUAAGGAUGCCAUAGACAGAGUCCUGGAAAGCCACCUUAAGGAGCUUCCAUAUGAUCCUGAAAAAUGUAAGAGCCUGCUUCCCUGCAUCGCAGACGAAAUCAAAGAUAAAGUCAAGGUACUUGGUUUUGAGAGAUUUAAACUUGUUUGUGUCGUGACCAUAGGACAGUUGAAUAACCAAGGAGUACGUGUGGCAAGCCGGUGCCUCUGGGAUGUUGAAACAGAUCGCGUGGCCUCAUCAUCGUUUUGUGGCAAUGAUCUCUUUGCUACAGCAGCAGUGUUUGGAAUUUAUCGAGAAUAAACAGUUUUUAUCGCAUGCGUGAUACUGAAAAAAAAUUGAUUUAAGUAGUGCGUGAGUGCUUCUGUUGUGAUGAUUAAGUUUCCUUUGUUGUUUGGAGAUAUGUUGUUUGGGGUUUUUUAUUUAAGCUUUUAUUUAUAACAAAAAGUAAUUUAGUAUACAAACCUUAGCUGAUACAAUGUUUAAAAUCUAAUUGGAGCGUCUCUUUUAGCCAUCUCAAAUUUUCAAGUAUCAACCGGUUUGCAACGGUUCAACAGGGUUUCCGAUCACUUAGGUCGGAUCACGUUUACCCGGUGAUAUUCAAUAAAACAAUCACUUUGAUAAUGAGGAUGAGGUUCUUCGGAAGUUGUUGAGAAAAAUUUUGGUUAAUUUAGACUGCAUGUUCGAGAAUCACCGAAGACGUUUCGAUAUCCUCCGUUAGGGUAUUUUUGAAAGAAAUGUGUGAUUGUUGACACGUUCCAACUCCGAGUUAUGUAAUAAUGUUCUUCAUUCAUGGCGUGACUUAGAAUUUUCACUUACAAUGUCUUCAAGAAAGCUUGGUCUCAAAAUAAGAAAAUUAGAAAAGACCAACGGAGGGGUCUGCCAAUUAAAAUAGUAAACCAUUAAUUUUCAUGAUAUUUAAUUUAAGAUUAUAGAGAGAGUUAGGAAGAUGCUUGGUAUCAUUUGUAGGUGAUCAUGUCUGUCGUAUUCUCAACGGCAUCUGUGUGAUAUGAUGUUCAGGUUUGGUUAUUACCAAUCUUCAAGAUAUUGUUUACAAAAUUAUUGGUGGGGACUCAAUUGAGAGAUAGUUCGUGCGUCGUAGUUUACGGCUUAAACGUGCGAUCUCCAUGGAAACGAUAAGCCAACAGAAGUUUAGCAUUGUGUGACAAUGUGGGGCAUGUGACGUUGUGUAAACAUUUAAUUAUUUCAGAACUAUGUGGCAUAGAUAUAAAGCAAUAAAAUGGUUUGAAGUUGUUUCA